GUGACGAUAACGGCUGUAACCUCGGCGCCGCUCUGCUGGGUUCGCCUCCCAAACAGAGCAAACCGUCUCUGGCUUCCCCCAGGAAGCUCGGCUCCGACGAGAACUCGCCGGUCUUGGCUCGCAGACGGCUGGUCCCGUCCCUGUCGCCACGGCAACCGCUGUCUCCCACCGCAAGAUCGUCUCCGAGGAGACCGGAGACGGCAGCCGGAAGCCCGGGACUCCAAGACUCGGAGAGGAAGCCGCCCGUCGUUCGGCUUUUUGCAGAAAAGUCGAGGUUUCUGAGCGUGAAGCGGGCGCUGCACACCGCCGUCCCCGAGCGUCUCCUGUCCCGGGAGGACGAGCGGGCGUCCAUUCGGUGUUUCCUGGAGGAGAAGGCGCUGCGGCGGCUCCCCGGCAGCCUCUACAUCUCCGGCGCUCCGGGAACGGGAAAGACGGCGUGUCUUAACUGCGUGCUGCAGGAGAUGAAGGCCGAGCUGGCGCCGGUGCAGACGGUGGUGGUGAACUGCAUGAGCCUGCGGAGCUCCCACGCCAUCUUCCCGCUGCUGGCCGACAAGCUGAGAGCGCCCGGCGGGCAGAACGGGCUGCAGAGGUUCCUGACGGCCCCGGGGCCCGCCGUGUGAGUACAAAGCUGCAGGAUCCCCGAGAAAACGCACCCAAGCUAUUUCCCGUUUUCCCUGAAAAAUAUAAAAACUGAAUAAAAAGUUGUGUUCAGUGGAGAAAGCAGAUAAGACUCGCCGCAGACUGCUGCGUCCGCCACAAAGAGUUAAAACUACCCCGAAC